AUGGGUGAGCACCCAGGGAUGAGGCUGGUCACAGAUCCCAAGGACUCUCCAAAUUGGUCAGGCCAGUACAUCUUCGUGCUUCACCAGCUACAGAGCCUCAACAUCAUCGCGGGCCUCCACCAGCUACCCUCGACCGGCGGCCGGUCCGCCGCACCAAUUCCGAUGCAAGUCCGAGUCCCCGAGGCAGCACCCAAUUCCGCCAAGACUCGCCGGAAGAACGAAACGCGCGCUGUCUUCAUCGCAGCCAUUGAGGAUGAUACGCUUUAUAACGGAGUCUACACGAUGCUCGUAGUCCUGCUACUUCGCAAAGGCGCAAAAAUCAAGCACAGGUAUGCGGCCCUCAGAAGGGUAAGACCAGGCAACCGCACACAGCCACCCCUGUUACUGUGA